AUGAUACCUUCUAGAGUGCUGCUAUUCUGGACCGAAGUCGGAUUGCUGCUUGAGAUUGCACCACUCGAGGGUUGUGCAGCCGAGCUUCUUGGCGAAUUGGAAGUUACCACUCUAGAAGGGGAGGCAGAGGCACCAGGAGAGCUCGAUACUCUAGAGGACAAGAUCGCGGAUGAUCCAGUAACUGAGCUUGCCAAGACGGCAGAAGAUGGUACAGAGCUACUUGCAGCACUAGACCAAGCUGAUGACCCUGCGAGUGGAGAGGUUGCAGGUGUAGAGGAACCGGAAGCAGAGUUCGCAGGAGGUAGUGCAGCGAAGGUCCUUGAAGACGAUACAGCAUGGGUACCAGAAGAUGGCUUAAUAGGAGUUCCAGAAGGUGGUGGGAUGACUGGAAUAACUAUUCCAGAAGAUGGCGGAGUAGAGAUCCCAGAGGAUGGUGUAGCAGAGUUUGUUGGGUCUGAAGACGCAGUCUGA